GUUUAGCUCUCUAUUCCCUCCCCCCCCCCCCAAAACACUGAAUUCCAUUCAUUGCUCCCAUCUCUGAAUUGCAAUUCAACGCACUAAGGAAUAAAGAAAAAACUUGCCAUUAUUGCCCUGUACCACUCUCAGCAUCACCAAACACCUCAAGCCACCACACCCCCAAUUGGGUCUCCUUGUUCAUGUUCAGUUCUUCUCAUCCCACGACGAUCACCUUAGUAAAAAAGAAGUAGUUGACAGAGUUAUCUACAUUGUAACAAGCUUCCCCAAAUUUGAUCUUCUUGAUGCUGGUUACACAAAUUGUGAGGGAUUUCUUGCACCUUUUAAGGGACAAAGUUAUCAUUUGAAUGAAUGACGCCAAGCUCAUUGACCAAGUACUCCAGAAGAAAUUUCCAAUAUGAGACGUGCAUCAGUGCGCAACGUUAUUGAAAGAUGUUUUGAUUUAUUAAAACUUAAAUGAGAGUCAUAAAGAAGUUGGGCAAUUAAAAACUCGAAGUUUCCCUUAUUAUGAGCAACUUACUUCCAUAUACACAAAAGAUUGAGCCACAAGGAAAGAUACUCAAACAAUUACUGAUAUUUUAGAAGAAUUACAUCUGAGGAUGUUGCUAAUGAAAGGAAUACUGAAGAAGGAAGCAAUGACAGUGGAUGCGAAGUUGGUGUUUCCUUAGAUAAGAUGGAUGUCUCGGCUACACAAUCGCAUCCGUCUAAUCCAAACAAAGCUAAUUCUACAUUUUCAAAGAAGAAGAAAAAGAGUUCUGAGAAAAGUAGCAAGAAAUGGAAAAGUCUUGUACACUUCUUAUUCACUUUGACAAAGGAACACCAGCAAUUGCUAAUGAAAUUAAAGAAGCACUCGAAGGCAAUGAUGUUCCUGCAAAGAUUGAUGCCAUGAAGAAAGCAGUUAUGCUUUUGUUGAAUGGUGAAACCCUCCCCCAGCUUUUUAUUACCAUUGUCAGAUAUGUUUUGCCUUCGGAGGAUCACACCGUCCAAAAACUUUUGCUUCUAUACUUGGAGAUAAUUGAGAAAACUGAUUUGAAAGGGAGGAUAUUACCUGAAAUGAUCUUAAUAUGCCAAAAUUUGAGGAACAAUCUUCAACAUCCUAAUGAAUAUAUUCGUGGUGUGACCUUGAGAUUUCUCUGCCGCUUGAAUGAGGCAGAGAUCAUUGAGCCACUAAUCCCUUCAGUUUUGCAAAAUCUGGAGCAUGGGCAUCCAUUUAUUCGUAGGAAUGCUAUAUUGGCUGUCAUGUCAAUAUAUAAGCUUCCACAAGGCGAGCAGCUCCUGGUUGAUGCACCUGAAAUGAUUGAGAAGGUCCUUUCAACAGAGCAGGAUCCAUCUGCCAAGCGAAAUGCAUUUCUUAUGCUAUUUAAUUGUGCACACGAUCGAGCCAUUAAUUACCUUUUGACCCAUGUUGAUAGGGUUUCCGAAUGGGGUGAAUUGCUUCAGAUGGUUGUGUUAGAGCUGAUUCGUAAGGUUUGCAGAACAAAUCGUGGGGAGAAAGGGAAGUAUAUUAAGAUUAUUAUAUCUUUAUUAAAUGCCCCCUCAACUGCAGUUAUUUAUGAAUGUGCUGGCACCCUUGUUUCUCUGUCAUCUGCUCCUACUGCUAUUAGAGCUGCUGCAAACACUUAUUGUCAGCUUCUUCUUUCUCAAAGCGAUAACAAUGUGAAGCUUAUUGUGCUAGAUCGGCUGAAUGAGCUCAAGUCUUCUCAUAGUGAUAUUAUGGUUGAUUUGAUCAUGGAUGUGCUUAGGGCACUUUCAAGUCCAAAUCUUGACAUCCAAAGGAAGACACUUGAUAUUGUUCUUGAGUUAGUAACUCCCCGAAACAUCAAUGAAGUUGUUCUUUUGUUGAAGAAGGAAGUGAUGAAAACUCAAAGUGGAGAACUUGAGAAGAAUGGAGAAUACAGACAAAUGCUUAUUCAAGCUAUCCAUUCCUGCGCAAUCAAGUUCCCAGAAGUUGCAAGCACAGUUGUGCAUCUGAUGAUGGAUUUCUUAGGAGACAGUAAUGUUGCUUCAGCUAUUGAUGUUAUAGUUUUUGUUCGAGAAAUAAUUGAAACCAACCCUAAACUUAGGGUGUCCAUUAUAACACGGUUGUUGGACACAUUCUAUCAGAUUCGAGCUGCACGGGUUUGCUCCUGUGCCCUUUGGAUCAUUGGAGAAUAUUGCCUUUCUCCAUCUGAAGUUGAGAGUGGCAUAGCAACCAUCAAGCAGUGUCUUGGAGAGCUGCCUUUCUACUCUGUUUCUGAGGAAGCGGAAGCUAUUGAUGCUUCAAAGAAAACUCCUCAAUCAAACUCCAUUACUGUCUCCUCCAGGAGACCUGCUAUUCUUGCUGAUGGUACUUAUGCAACCCAGAGUGCUGCAUCUGAAACUGCUUUCUCCCCUCCUACCAUUGUUCAGGGAUCAUUGACUUCUGGGAAUCUCAGAUCUCUUCUCCUCACUGGCGAUUUUUUCCUCUCUGCAGUUGUUGCUUGCACACUGACUAAACUUGUUCUGAGACUGGAAGAGGUACAGCCUUCAAAAGUUGAAGUUAACAAAGCAACCACACAGGCAUUGCUGAUCUUUGUCUCUUUGCUGCAAUUAGGACAAUCUCCUGUUCUUCCACACCCAAUUGAUAAUGAUUCUUACGAUAGAAUUGUUCUGUGCAUAAGAUUAUUCUGCAAUACUGGUGAUGAGAUCAGAAAAAUAUGGUUGCAGUCUUGCCGUCAGAGUUUUGUUAAAAUGCUUUCAGAGAAACAGUUGCAAGAAACUGAGGAAUUAAAGGCAAAAGCUCAGGUUUCUCAUGCACAACCAGAUGACCUUAUUGACUUUUACCAUUUAAAGAGUCGAAAGGGUAUGAGUCAGCUGGAAUUGGAGGAUGAGGUUCAAGAUGAUUUAAAACGAGCAACUGGAGAGUUUGUCAAGGAUGCAGAUGAUGCAAAUAAGCUCAACCGCAUUCUUCAACUGACAGGAUUUAGUGAUCCGGUAUAUGCAGAAGCAUAUGUCACCGUCCAUCACUAUGAUAUUGUUCUUGAUAUUACUGUUGUCAACCGAACCAGGGAAACCCUUCAGAAUUUGUGCUUGGAGUUGGCUACUAUGGGUGAUCUGAAACUUGUGGAGCGUCCUCAAAAUUAUACCGUAGCUCCUGAAUCUAGCAAGCAAAUAAAGGUCAACAUCAAGGUGUCUUCAACUGAGACUGGAGUCAUAUUUGGCAACAUCGUAUAUGAAACUUCAAAUGUGCUUGAGAGAACAGUAGUUGUUCUGAAUGACAUUCACAUUGAUAUCAUGGACUAUAUUUCUCCUGCUGUCUGUAUGGAUACUGCAUUCAGAACCAUGUGGGCAGAAUUUGAGUGGGAAAAUAAGGUUGCUGUAAACACUGUAAUUAAAAAUGAGAAGGAAUUCCUCGACCAUAUUAUCAAGUCAACUAACAUGAAGUGCCUCACUGCACCAUCUGCGCUAGAUGGUGAGUGUGGAUUCCUGGCUGCGAACUUGUACGCAAAGAGCGUGUUUGGGGAGGAUGCGUUGGUAAACGUGAGCAUUGAGAAGCAAGCUGAUGGGAAACUGAGUGGGUACAUCCGGAUAAGGAGCAAGACCCAGGGGAUUGCUCUUAGUCUCGGGGACAAGAUCACUCUUAAGCAAAAGGGAGGCAGUUGAUGCAAUAAUAUUUCGACAUCAAUUGUUUCAUGGAUACUGGAUAUUUAGGUCCUCUUGUUUUGAAAAAAUGGCUGGGCUGCCUUCAAUCGUCAAUAGUGUUGUGCUAUCUAUCAGCAGCGGAGGGGCACCAAAGACUUGACAUGUGUUGUAUUUGGAGUUUACAUAUUUGGUAGCUAGAAAGGAUCAUUGAACCCAUAGCUAAAAUAGUGCUUUUUGGCAAUGUUAAAACGGGAAUUUUAUUUUAUUUCGCUGAUUCUUUGAAGAGUGUUCCUCUCAGACAUCUAUUAGCAGUUCCUUCGCUCCAUAAUCCUCAGGUUCAAUGAGUAGUUUUGUUUUUGUCCAUUUAUCAAAUUAAAUUAAUGAUAACAAAAUUUGAAGGCUCAUUCGAUUCA